GAACUGAAACCACUGUGAAAAAAUCGGGCAUAUCUUUUUCUAAACAAACCUCAGAGCAUUCAGCGAAUUAGAGUAAAGUAGUAUGGUGCUGAACAAACGGUGGCCGCUCAGACACAUUCUACACGAGUUAAUGCCUACUAAAACUAAACUAUCGGACAUGCGUUGCUUCUUGUUAUUAGCCUUUAUUUUAUAUGACAUCGUGGCCCAGGCGACCAACAGCUACGACUACGAGGAGCUGGAGGGCAAGCACGCGUUCACCGACGACCGGCGGAACUGGAGGAAGAAGGCGCUGGACCAGGGCAGCGACAUCGACAACGUGAUCCGGGGGCAACGCCGCUACGACACCGGCGGGAAGAGUGUCGAGAUAUACGAAGAGAAAGAGCAGAAAACGCCACCAACAAUGAAUUGUGAUAGACCGCGUGAGAGGUACGAGCCAUGCUUCUCCGGCUGCGCGGCCGUGUCGUGCGACAACCCGCGCGACCGGCUGCGGCCGUGCUACCCGUUCUGCGAGCCGGGCUGCGUGUGCGUGCCGCCGUACGUGCGCGACGACCGCACGCACAAGUGCGUCAUGCCCGAGGAGUGCACCAAGGGCUUAAAAGGAGUACCAGACAUAGGAGAAGAGGCAUAAGAAAUGACAUAUUGAAAUAGCAUUGUACCUGAUUGGUACAACUAGCGUUAAGUAAUGUAUUAAAUAAAUUAAAACGUAUACAAAAAUGAC